AAAUCUACCCCGCCACAAAGCCCAGAACUACAUCCAUAUCCCAAGCAUUUAUAGUCACAAAACUUGGGUUCAACUGCAAUCCAAACCUCCGCAAAUACCGCUUCUGUCUACCCGCUCUCUCUACUUGUACCUGUCAUCUGUCUUUAGCUCCAAGCAAAAAUCAACUCGCCGAGUCAACUCGCCGCAGCAACAGAGCCAGCCAUGACCGACGACAACAACAACAACACUAACACCAACCCAGACAAACCGGUCGACCCGUUUCUAGUCCGGUUCCAGCCCUCGGAUCUCCGAAUCGCGUCGGAGUUCCUCACCACCUGGCUUUCCUUCCUCUCCAGAGAUCUCUGUAACCACUGCUCCACUAAACUCGCCGAUCGCGUCCGCUCCCUCGGCUCAGAACUUGAUGGUGAUUCUAAACCGGUCAACCCAGAUGAAAAUUCCAGUGAUUUGACACCAAAGACCCCGGAAUUGCAGGGGGCUAGUGAUAAUUGUGAAGAUAAUUAUAAUGAUGAGGACUCAAAUUCACUAGGUAGUUGGAAAAACGGAGUUCAUGGGAUAUCUGAAUCCGACCCGGAAGCUUCUAGCAGUGGCUUGGCCCCUAAAUCCCCCUCUGUAGAGACUCAAAGUUCUCGAAUGUCGUGGGCCGAUAUGGCGCAGGAAGACGAGCUAGAGGAAGAGGAAGAGCGUGAAUUGAGUAAGCGGGUGGUGAAUGUAAAUGCCGCGACUGGAGAGUUGAGGAUAACGAAGCCUACAUUGUCUAGGGAGCAGAGGGAGUACAUUAGGUUCAUGAAUGUAAAGAGGCAGAAGGAUUUUAUUUGUUUGGAGAGGGUCAAUGGAAAAUUUGCUAACAUUCUGGAGGGACUUGAGCUCCAUACUGGUAUCUUUAGUGCGGCGGAACAGAAGAGGAUAGUUGAUUUUGUUUAUUCGCUCCAAGAGAUGGGCAAGAAGGGUGAAUUGAAAGCGCGUACAUAUACAGCACCCCAAAAGUGGAUGAGGGGCAAGGGACGAGUAACCAUUCAGUUCGGUUGUUGCUACAAUUAUGCAGUGGAUAAAAAUGGUAAUCCACCUGGUAUCCUCCAGAAUGACGUAGUAGAUCCUAUACCUCCUCUUUUUAAGGUGAUCAUUAGGAGGCUGGUAAAGUGGCAUGUGCUUCCGCCGACCUGUGUACCUGAUAGUUGCAUUGUCAAUAUAUAUGAAGAAGGGGACUGUAUACCUCCGCAUGUUGACAACCAUGACUUCCUUCGACCUUUUUGUACUGUUUCAUUUCUUAGUGAGUGCGACAUACUUUUCGGAACAAACUUAAAGGUUAUUGGUGCUGGCGAGUUUGAAGGUUCAUUUGCAAUCCCCUUGCCUGUUGGAUCUGUUCUGGUUUUAAAUGGAAAGGGGGCUGAUGUGGCUAAGCAUUGUGUGCCUGCAGUACCAACAAAACGGAUAUCUAUCACAUUUAGAAGAAUGGAUGAAUCCAAACGGCCCAAGGGUUAUGCUCCAGAACCUGACUUGCAGGAUAUUCAACCAUUGUCCUAUGAAGAGGACAAGAUAAUUAGGUUAAAUACUCCUAGAGGCGAACGUCAGAGACAGUCAACUAGAAGAGUAGGUAACUCAGAAAUGAGGGGAUCUGCAGAAAGAAGUCACGUCCACCCAGAGCCUCAUGACUCAACCUGGAGUCGACGCGGAUCUGGAAUGAGGUGGAACCGGGGAAGGGGGGUCAAUGUGAAUUUCGGGAGCUAGUUGAUGAUGGGUGCUUCAUUGUCAAGUUAAAGUGUUGCAGUUGGGCCAUUUCAACAUUUGGAGGGCUAAAUAUUGGUUUUUGACAUGUGGUCGUCAGAUGAGUUUGUCAUCAAGGUUGUUACAUAUUCAUAUUCCGGAAGAGCUGUAGGAAAAGGAUCUGAUUGGUUUUGUAUCUUUCUACAUCUAUUUAGGCUUGUCAACUGUGCUUUGGUUUAUUCUUUUUCCAAGAGCCAUAUGUGUGCAUUUUUUAGUAUAGUAUAGGCUAUAGCUGAAGUUCAGAGCAAGCGGCGAAGACGGUGGACAUAAAAUGAAACUUGCUGGCUUGAAUGCCACCUCAAUUUUAUUAGGAUGCUUUACUUAUAAGCAACUGGUUGCAUAAUUAGGGUAGCACUAUUGGGUUUGUGAGUUUGAAACAUGGGUGAUUUGUACCAUAUAUUGGAUCAUCAACCAACUUGAAGCUGGUUGUUUUUGUAGCAUAUUGCUACUUUUUAAUAUAUCCUAGUGUUGAUUGUAUGGUCAA